CACUACCUACCCACGAUGCAGCGCGGUCGCACACAACAUAGCCAUCUUGUCAAGAGUGACUGAGUGAGGGAGGCAACUGUAGACGCUGUUUAGAAUAUCAUUUGUUUUUUUAUUAACGCGUCAUAUUUAAGAGCCCCUUUCUCCCUCGACCGUAGUCAGCGGCGAAGCGAGUGUCGACAACGAAUGACUUUGAGCUGGUGAAGCGAGAGGCUACGCAGCGCCGCUUUCGGGAGGAUGUCUCACAUACUUGUUCCGACGUAGGGGGAGUGUGCAGCAGCCAGUUGGCUUGAAUUGUUAGCUAGCUCAGUGAGUGGAGGGCUACGGGCCCUCCUCAGCUUAAAGUAGCCCCUGCAGCUGGGCAGCCCACUCUGCGACAACGGCCGUUCGACAACUUGACAACCGGGACAUUAGCGGGCCGAAAGCCGCGGAUCGGUCACCGCACGGACUGCUGGUAACCGUGUCUGAAGCCCUGCUGCUGGACAAGACGACACGAAGUGUGGCAUUGCGUUAUGAGCUCUUGAAACGCAACAGGAGUCCGAGAGAGGAAGAGGAUGGCGCAGAUACAUCUUGAUUACAGUUAGGUAGGCUAAAAAAAAUAGCUCCAGGUCUGCUGCUUAUUAUGCUCUAAGCUUUUAAAAGCUGCAGCCAGCGACCCCUUUUUGACUGAGGAUAAACAUAGCCAUACGGGACUUGGAUUCAGGCUGUCAAUAUGUCGAAAAUGCCGGCCAAGAAAAAGAGCUGCUUUCAGAUCACAAGUGUGACUCAGGCCCAGGUGGCGGCUGUAGGUGCCGCCGACGACACGGAGAGUCUGGACGAUCCAGACGAGUCACGGACUGAGGACGUGUCGUCGGAAAUCUACGACAUGCCACGGGCUGAUUAUGAGCCUGCGUGUGACAUAAGUUCAUCCGAAGAAGCUCUGAAUAAUGUUGUGGAGCCAGAGGCGGUCGGAGUGAUGCCACCAUCAAGCGUACCUCAUGCCAGUCAGCUGUCAGCGCUGUCAAGCAAUCCCUCUGGGGAGUUCAGAAAAGUGGGAGUGUCUGGCUCGAGUCAAGGUGGUCAGCAAGCACCGGGGAUUGGCGCUGGGGCUGGUUUACCCCUUAUCACUCAGGCUGGGCCAGUGCAGCAGCAGCCUGCUUCUGCAGCCACCGCUGGGCCAGCGAGUGCGUCAGUGAACACAUCCCAACCUGCUGCAGUGCCCAGUUCAGCUCCACCUCCUGCCACCUCCACGGUGAGUUGCUCCUCGCGGUUCAGGGUCAUUAAACUUGAUCAUGGUACUGGAGAACCGUUUCGGCGAGGCCGGUGGACGUGCACAGAGUUUUAUGAAAAGGACUCUGAGAGCUCUGUUGUUGGUCGGACUGUGGAUAGCAUGAGACAUACCAACACAACACUGGACCCUGCUGCAGACAGAGACAGUGGGCUCGGGCUUACAGGAGGAUCUGCCGCAACCUUAGCAACGCACUCGAGUCAUGGCUUGGGCUCCAUGGCGGACUCUUCUCUCUCUUCUAGUCGUGUACACUCGGUGGAGGCGCAGCCACCGCAGCAGCAAAUCCACCAUCAAAACUACAGCGCCCGCCAACAAGGUGUGAGUGGGUCGGUCACGCACAGUUCUUUCUCCAGGCCUACGGCUGUUCCGGCUCCAGCAGUGGCAGGUCUGCAGCCUCUUGUUCCCCAGAACCUGCUGCCUGUCGAGCAAAAUGGCCCACCUCAAUCCGGUGUCCUCAUACAGAAGUCCCCCAUCAUGCCUCCCUCUGCCCAACCAAGUCCUUACCCUCCUCAGCAGCAGCAGCAACAACAGCUUCCUGUGGGCCAGCACCUGGCCGGCCAAUCACCUGGACUGAUGCAGAACCAGGCAGAGUACUAUCAGCAGCACCACUCUGUACCCCUGCCACCUGGGCUUGCCUCAGGCCAGCCCCACCCAGUGUCCAGCCAGGGACAAGGACCCACUUCGGUGAUGCCUACAGCCUCUGGUGGGGCAUCUGUGCCAAGUCAGGUUGGAGAUGUUACUGGAGCAGCAGGAGGAGGAGUACUUCUACCUGCUGGACAGCCAGCUCCAACUGUCUUGCAGCAGCAGACUGUAGGGAUGGGAGCUGCUGGAGGCCCCGUAUUGGUUGGUGGAUCCACUCUGAAGCAGCAGACUGUGAAUCUUUAUGCCACCGCUGGACAGCCUCAACCCCACGGCCACCCUCCAUCCUCUGGUGUACAAAACGUGCCUGCCAUUGCAGUGAGUUCCAGUGUGCCCUCCACUGUGCCCACUGCUGUGCCCAGUGCCUCCAGUGCAGCAAAGCCAAAUGUGACCACCCCGAGUUUGCCUCCAGGUCAGAUAGCCCACAGCAACAUUGCAGGGGCUUUGGGGCCACAGGGCCUCCCAGUUACUGCAUUUGGUCAGGUGGAAGUUGGUGGUGGGAGGAAGUCAGACGGAAUCAUCAACAUACAGUCUCCAAUUGUCUCUGUGAAGGAACCAGCGAAGCCCUUCAUGCCUGAGAGCCUGCAGCUCACCACUCCGACUGUCAACAGCAUAUUUGCAAUCCACAUACCUGUCGACGGGGAGGAGGACAGUAUCUCUGCAGUAUGUGUCCAUCCUGAAAGUCUUUCGCACCCUGAGACGGAGAUGAGCUUCGCAGGCACUGGAUUUUUGGAGCACCUAUAGUUUGCUUGUGAGAAGACGGAGCUCCCAGGGUGAUAAGAGCGGGGGUCUCUUACGACAGCCAAGCAUUAUCAGACACUGAGCAGUAGUCUUUCCACUGUGCCCCUGUUUUGCCGAUAAGAGACCUCACGAAGGGGCGUAUCAACCAAGUGUGCGUUGUCAUGCAAUGACCCCUUUCUUUUGCAAUGCAAGUUUAGGCUAAAUUACUCUGUUCUGUUUAGAGCCUUUGGACAGGAGCAAACAUACAUUUCGUCCCGUAGUAAGCGUUCACACUCCGUCUGUAAGUCAUUCAAAAAACCGGCUAGUGUACUGCUCUCUGUCGGUGUGGUCAGCAUGCUGUCUGCCCCUCUGAUUGACUGACAGAAGAGGCAUGACAGUUGCUCACGUACAGAUGAAGUGUUGAAUGACAUUCCUUUACUGCAGCAACUGAGUUAAGCACAGAAGAGGAGGAAGAAGAAGCUGCCUACUGAAACCUGCUGCGCCUCUCUUUAGUAGGCAUUUUAGCUAUGCCUGACACACCUCCCUCCCCUAGCUUAAAAAAAAAAGUUUCCAUUCUUAAUUUCUACAUUUCUGCUGCACUGCUUGUUUCUCUCUGUACUCAUGUGUCACACAACGAGAAAAUGCAUGCUCAUUAAACUUUCUCUUGUUUUCUGUAGACACAAAUUAGGCUUUUUAUUGCCAAAUAAACAGACUGCAGCAUAAGUUUGAAAAAAGUGAGACCUUUCCCGACUCUCUUGGUUGACUCACCCUGUGGAGUGCCUGCUGUAUGAGGUUUUUUGGACAGAUUUUUGCACAAAACUCACUCCCUAGUGCCUAGCCUCAGUGCUUUCUCUUCCUCUCCCAGCAUUAACAGUGAGCAGCGCUAGCUAAUGGUAGCUCAGAAAUGAUAAGUCCACCAUGGAAUAAGUCAUUAAUUUCAACCAGAGGCAGGCUGUAACUGUCCCUUUACAGUGCCAGCUCACAACAACCGCUGCCGCAGUGCGCUUUAUUUUGUAAGAUCCUACAAUAUUACAAAAACCCAACAAUCAGACGACCCCCUGUUAACACUUGGCGACAGUGGGAAGGAAAAUUUCCCUUUUAACAGGAAGAAACCUCCACCGAAACCAGGCUCAGGCAGGGGAAGCCAUCCAGCCCGACCAGUUGAGGGC